AAUCUGACUUUGCCAAAAAUAAAUCGAAGAAUAUUUACAAAAUUAAAAAAUGCGAUAGGAAUAUUAUGAGAGAGACUUAUUUUCCUAGCUUUUAAGGGUAGUAAUAGUGAUAUCUUUAUUUAUAAUGUCACUAGUUAAGCUCUUAAAAGCACCGAUUAAACUUUUUAAGAAGGAAGUCAUUACAUUUGUCAUCAUUCGGAGGUACGACUUGGGAAUUCUCGAAGAAAAUCUCCGAUACAUAUCUGUGAAACCCUCUGCAUCAAUAUCUGUGCUGCGCACAAAAGUGUGGCAUUUGCUAGACUUGCCGGAUUUUUGUGAAGAAAUCAUCGUGCUCAAGUCCAGCAACGAUGUCGUGAUUCCUCUUGUUGAUCUGCGAAAGGGCAAUGACCCCCAGUACCCGUAUAUCCUCGAAGUUUGGUUGCCGAAUAAUCGACUAUCCUCGACCACGAUGCAUAAUAUGCUGACCAUUGGCAAUGGGGACGACCAGUCACACUAUGGAAAUCAAAUGCAGUCUACGAACAAUACAAUAUACGAAGACCGUCGUGAUGUUGAGGAAAAAUGUGUCUGUGCAUGUUUUUCUCAAACCACAGUCUCGAAUGAUACAAUGGCAUUGAACAAACAUCGAAUUCCUGAGCCCAAAAUGGCAACACGCAACUUCCUAGCUGACUUCAAUAAAAAGUCGGAAAUGUCUUGUCGUAUCUCUAGCACUUCUAUAUUCAAACUCAGUGCAAGGAAGAGCCGAGACAACUUCACUAAUAUUCUGCUAAAAAUACAAAGCGAUUUAUCCACAUUGAGCAAUAAAUUGUCAGUCUUAGAAAACAAGUUGCCGUCCUGACUUUUAUAUCUCAGAGAAUUUUAUUUACGUUUAAAUAUAAAAUCGUCCUUUAA